GCCGGGAGCUGGGCCAGAAGAUGGCAGCGGCCGUGGAGCUGAAGCUGCUGCAGAAGUCUUUGGGGCUGAGUCCGGGAAAUAAGUACAGCGCUCAGGGCGAGCGACAGGUUCCAGUUCUACAAACAAACAAUGGCCCAAGUCUAAUGGGAUUGGCUACCAUUGCAACCCAUCUAGUCAAGCAAGCCAAUAAAGAGCACUUGCUAGGGAGCACCGCAGAAGAAAAGGCAGUCGUUCAGCAGUUUAGAGUUACUCGAGUAGAUGGACACUCCAGUAAAGAAGAUACCCACAGCCUGCUGAAGGAUCUUAAUUCCUAUCUUGAAGAUAAAGUCUACCUCGCAGGAUAUAACUAUACCUUGGCAGAUAUCCUUCUGUACUACGGGCUCCACCGCUUCAUAGUUGACCUGACAGUUCAAGAAAAGGAGAAAUAUCUUAAUGUGUCUCGCUGGUUUUGUCACAUUCAGCAUUACCCAGACAUCAGGCAACAUCUGUCUAGUGCUGUCUUCAUCAAGAACAAACUCUAUGCUAACUCCCACUAGAAGCUUCUGCAUGCAGCAGCAGCAAUAGAAAAGUAAUGGAAGAUGUAUU